UGAUUCAAAAUUCAAAAGAUUGUCUUUCGUUUCUGUCCCAAAAAAAAAACAGGCGUUGAAGGAGAACCCUCAAAUACUUCACACUUUCUCAGAACGCCAAGUAUUAGAUGGAGCCAACUUUGAAGCUAAUCGUGAUCCAAGGCCCGCGUUCCGGAGAAACGUUGGAGUUUAAACCCGGAACCACCAUUCGGAUCGGGCGAGUUGUCCGCGGCAACAACGUUACGAUAAAGGACGCCGGCAUCUCCUCCAAGCACCUUGUAAUCGGAUUCCAAUCGGGGAAAUGGACUGUCCAAGAUCUGGACUCCUCCAACGGCACCAGUGUCAACUCCUCCAAACUCCCCCCUUAUACGCCCGUCGAACUCCACGAAAACGACAUCGUUAAACUCGGAGAGGACACCUCGAUCUCUGUCAAACUACUGACGGAAAAUGGCCACGAGGAGUCUGUGAAGCCGAGGAGGAAUCCGACGCGUCAAGCAAGUGCGAGAGUCACUAGAUCUAGGCGUCAGAAGAAUGAAGAGUGUGUCGAGAAUGAGGGAUUGACUGAGUGUGGAGCGGUGGAGAAUGGGGUUAAGAUUACAAGACAGGGCAGAGGAAAGAGACAGAUUUUACAGAAAAUGCCUCCAGAGAGCGAAGUUGUUCAAAUUGAACACGAAGGGGAGUUGAAAUCACAGCAAAUACCAGCGGAGAGCGAUGAAGUUCAAAUUGUUAAUAAAGAAAGAAUGAAAGAUGUUAAAGAGAAUGAUGUAAAAAGUACGCGAAGGUGUGGGGGAAGGAGGAAGGUUCUACAGGAAAGGAGUCAGAAGAAUGAAGAGUGUGUGGAGAAUGAGGGAUUGACUGAGUGUGGAGCGUUGGAGAAUGGGGUUAAGAUUACAAGACAGGGUAGAGGAAAGAGGCAGAUUUUACAGAAAAUGCCUCCAGAGAGCGAAGUUGUUCAAGUUGAAGACGAAGGUGAGUUGAAAUCGCAGCAAAUACCAGAGGAGGGCGAUGAUGUUCAAAUUGUUGAUAAAAAAAGAAUGAAAGAUGUUAAAGAGAAUGAUGUUAAAAGCACGCGAAGGGGUAGGGGAAGGAGGAAGGUUCUACAGGAAAUGCCACCAGAGAGUUGUGAAGUUCAAAUUGGAAGUACAGAGAAUUUGGAAGCAACGAAGGUGCCAACAGAGAGUGAAGAAGUUAAAAUUAUGGAUAAAAAAGACAUUGAAGAUGUUAAAGAGAAAGAUGUCAAAAUAACGCGUAAUGGUAGGACCUGGAGGAAAGCUAUCCAGGAAAUGCCACGGGAGAGUAAUGAAGUUCAAACUGAAGAUAGAGAAAAUUUGAAACCAGAGCAAAGGCCGCUAGAGAGUGAUGAAGUUCACAUUGUUGAUAAAGAAACCGUGAAAUUAGUAGAAAUAAGUGGUAGAGAUGUUAAAGAGAUCAGUACGAAUAGGGUUGAAGAUAAAGAAAAUGUAGAAUUGGGAGAAGUAAGAGGUGGAGAUGUCAAAAAUAGUAGUAGUAACAAGGUUCGAGAUAGAGAAGACUGUGUGGAUUUGGAGACAAUGACUCUGGGGGAGUGGUUUCAUUACAUGGAGGUUUAUUUGCCGAAGCAGAUAAUUGAAGCGACUGAGGAGAUGAUAGUGGGGAUGCAAACGAAGGCUGAAAGAGUUCAUCAGUAUGUGAUAGAAGAGAAGAAGAAGGGCAAACUGUGAGUAGUGGGCACUUUGGAUUUCUUUGAUGUGGUUGAAAGAGCUAUGAUCUAGUGGCAUCAGCAGAUCUGGUGCUGAAUUCUAGAAGAUGUGCUUCAUUUGAAUCGAAUAAGAUAAUAUAUUUGGAUUAAAGGAGUAUCACUUGUAUUGUACAGCCAAGUUUGGUAUCAUCUUCCCUUGACUGCUCAUCCUAACUAAUUCAAUUUGGAUAACUGCUUUAGUUUCCAUGUUUUUAUUUUAUUUUCUAAGUGAUCCAAUAGUUGCAUUCUAAGAAUUAAGGAUGUUACAUUGGAUAACUGAAACCUCAACCCAUUUUGAGAGAGAAAUAUAUUACUUGUAUCUGUAAAAAUUAGAUAGAAAUUUGAAAUGCAAGCUUGAUGUCAGUUAUUCUUUUGUUUCUCUGGUUUUAUCCUUCGAUACUAGUAUAAACUGCUAGUAAA